AUGGCCGAUAUUGGAAACGUCGAUGAGGGCAUGUGCUCAGUGUAUUCCGUUCCGCCCUCUGAGACGAAUUGCUCCAUUAGUGAAGCGCUCAGCAAGCAAAUGAACGCCAUCAAUGAGUUUGCGCACGAGUCUGCUAUUAGUGUUUCGGAGUACAGUGAUUACAAAUCAGAAGCAAAUGUGAGCAUGACCGACGGAUUUGCACCUGCGGCUUUGUUCGAUGCCACCGAAUAUACUGCUCUGCCAUCGGAAGCCAAUGCAACAAUGGGUUCAUCGAUGGAAGCAUCUGUAUACAGUGCUCCAAAAUCUGAAACUAUUGUGACACUUAAAGAUGGUUUCGAGCCGUGUGAAGAUCUUCGUGCUGUAUACAUGUCGGCCUAUUCGGCGCCUCCAUCAGAAGUCGGCGUCACAAUGAGAAGCGGUUUCGAGCAAUGCUCAGAUAUGAAGGCACUUCAAAUUCGGCAAUUCUAUCGCGAUUUUGAGGAUGAAAUGACGGCUAUUGAUGGAGAAUUUUUGAGCGAAUGUAAGAUUUUAUUAAUUUCCGAUGCUUCAAGAUCAAUUUCAGACGACGGUGCCGAUAUUCAGCAACAAUUAGGAAUUCCUGCCGAGGCGUCUAGCACGAUGUCAAUCAAUAAUGAUGCUGAAAGCUACAUGCUAAAGACGCAAUAUCAACACGAGAUUUGA